AUGUUUGCUUGGGGUGAUGUGAAAGAGUUUGUCCCUAAGGGGUCCCUUUGCAGAGUCUAUUUUGAUUCAAUGUUGAUUUUCGACUCAGAUAAUAGGGUAAACAAAUUUCCACAUUUGUCAGCAGACUCAUCAUCAUCUUCACCUCAUUUUUCUCCUAGUUCCUUUUCUUCUGAUUCAAGUAAUGGCUCUAAAUCUAGUUCAGAAUUUCCUUCACUCUCCCCGUCUACAUCUUCUUCUACAGCAUCACCCGCUUCCUCCUCUGUGCCUGAUUUGCCAUCCAAUACAUCUCUUCAUCCCAUCCCUAGCAUUUCAGAAUCUCCUAAGGUCGGUCAUACUUCAAAGCCUUGUUUUGAAGUGAUCUCAUCACCAUCUAAAAGAUUGGUUCUCUCGCUUGCUGAACGGAGAGUUAGCUUGUCACCUUCUUUGAAGCUUCCAACCUUGGUUGAUGAUAAAUCUCUAUCAUACAGAAGGGACACAAUCACAUAUUUAACUUCUGCAAGUCAACAGAAUGGCAUGGGUAGAGACAAUAAUACCUGUUCUUCGAUAGAAUUUUGUAGUAAAGAAAAAGUUUCAGAGUCCAUUAGGGCCAAUGCAAUUGAAAAAGAAGAUUCAACUCAAGAAUGUCAGUUGCAGAUGUUUUUAGUAUCAUCUCUUAGCAACCAAGCAGCUGGCAAGGAAGGUACUUCUCUAAAGAAGCAUCAUCUGCUAGAGGUCCUGGAUGUGUCUGUCUUUGCUGAAUUUAUGUACAAUGGUUCUGAGUUUUGUAAUCCAAUUGACCCUAUAGUUUUCUGUUGGCCUACUUUAGAAAGGGUUGCACCAUUUGGCACUGCCAAUUUGGAUUCAGAAGCUGCUUUUCUUUUCUUUGUUCCAAAUACUAGUGUAGGCAAGCGUGAAGGUAGAAUGAUAUAUUUCUGGAUGGGAAAAUCAUUCAAGCAUGAUAAUUGUCAGAUUCAAUUAGAUGUCAGCAGUAGUGUAAGUGAUGUAGAAGCGAUUGAUUGGAAUUAA